UGGGGCGUUUUUUAUUGUAUUGAUUGCGUUUUUCGAGGCGGUUUCGAACUAGUGGGACUAAGGAGUAAUGGAACUUUCUAGAUUUUGAAUCAAAUGACCAAUGAGUUGUUCCUGUGCUGAAUCAAAUUGAUUUAAAAUUAUUAGAUAAACUGGCGUCAACCAGCAACGAUAGCUGCAACAGAAUGGACAUAGAUCCAUCUCCGAGUACUUCAUCCGGCUUCUUAAUGGAUCUGACGUACUCAGGAUUGCCAAGGAUCGAUGAAAACAACACCGUGGAUCCCAAAUCGCCCAAAGAGCGGGUUUUAGAACUGUUAGAUAUCUUAGAAAGUCAUGUUGAGAAGUUGCGGAGGGAAGCGGCGCAGUUGGAGGAGGACCGGGACCACUUGUUGUCAUCCCUGGACUCGGUUAGAAACACUGAUUUAAUAGUCGACUUACCGGAUAAUGAUAGGGAUGAUGUUUGCCAGUACGCUGAGCGCAUCAUGAGCCGCUGCCUCACGGUGGAAGUGAAGAUUUUAACUCAGCGUGAUAAGAUGCAAGAAGAAGCCUUGCACCAAGUGAAUCAUUUGAUAGACAGUCUUGUAAUGUGUGUGAAAUCGGAUCCUGAAAGUGCAAAAGCUAGAUGUAUAACCUUCAUGAAUGCUUGUUCUUCGAAUGUGGUGCACGGGAUCACGGAUAAAAAGUUCGAAUCGGCUUUGUUAGGAUGUACCGUUGACGACCAAAAACGGGUAAAGAAACGGCUUCAAGGUUUGUUAAAUUACUUUGAUAAACUUAAUGUAACUUCGAUUCCAUAAACUUACUUAAUAGUGCGUUGUUAUUGAUUGUGGCCCGCUUAUUGCCAUUAUAUACACAUUAAAUCGUUAGUAUUUAACCAAUUGAGUUGUCUUCAUUACGGCUUUAAUACAACACAGUCGUGUUAACUUAAAAUAGCCACUGUGAUUGUUUAAAAGACACUUUAUUUAUAAUUGAUGAAUUAAAUAAAAUUAUUAAUUCAUGUA